AUGUUAGUGCUUGACCAACAAACUGCGCAUAUAUUGAGUUGUCUUUGUCAGAAUGGCGAUCAUCAAGGGAACGAGUACAAUGCUCAAAACGAAUGGGAUAACGUUAUUACAACUGCUACGCCCAAACAUGAAGUGGUAGUACAACGACCCUACGUUACGACAACACCCAAACCACCACUAAGAGCAACAGAGAAAACAACAACAGAAGCAGCCCUCACUACAAAUGAGGAAGAAGAAGAGGAUUAUGGUGAUUCUGGGGAUGGAAAUAUGAAUGAAGAUACGACAACAAUGGUUUAUACAAGUGCGCCUGAUGAGAUAUCUGGUUUUUUAAAAGGCUUUCUCAGCGAAAUCGAGAAAACAGUGCCGAUUCGAUUGCUACUUGUUAUUGGGGGCGGAAUUGUAGGCGUCAUUGUACUCUGCUGCAUCAUCUUUAUCGCCCGCCAUAGUAGGAAAAAGCCAAAAGAAAAAAGAAGGAAAAGAAAAGCAAGGAAAGGAGCUCGACCGCAUGAGUCUGCAAGCGCAAAGUCAUCCACGGCCUCCUCCGCAAGUGCUCCUGUGCCAAAAAAGAUGGAAGCAGAAAAGAUCAACAUGAUGGAGUUCUCUCAUAAAGGAGCGUUAGUCAUGCAAGACGUGAAAGGUGAAGUGAAGCAUGCCUUGGAUGAUGUCAAAUCGGGAGAAAUAGUCAGAGUUCAGUACGAUACUGGGCAGAAUGAGAUAGUGACCAUAGGAUCAGAUGUGGAUAUCAUCAAGGUCAGUAAUUUCGAAAGUGCGAGCAAGAGAUGUGAUAGCUGUAAACUGUUGCGUUAGGG